AUGAAGCCGUCACAGUCUCUUGGCCGUGUGGCCUUUGCCCUCCUUUCCAUGUCCACCGUCACAUCCGCCUUCUCAUGGUCUCCACUGAACCUCGACGCCUUUGUCGUCCGUCGUGCCGAUACCACAAAAACGACAUCUACCCCUCCGGCCCAGACCCCCGGCCCCAAUGCCGACAACACAUUCAACCUCAACACCGGUGCCCAGGAGACAUCGACAACCACGACCGCGACCAAGGACGGUAAGACGACCACCGGCAAGGACACUGCCAAGGUCACCCCCACCGACAAGAAUGGCAACACGGCCACCCUCAACAAGACCGUUGAGGCCACUCGCACUACGUUCAACCCCGUCGACCCGGCCGGCGGUGUCGUCAUGGUCACCCCUGCCACCACGGCCAACUUUCAGCUGUAUAAGAUUGGCGACUUCGUCACUUGGGCCUGGAACUACACCGGCCUGCAGGCCACCCCCACAGCCAUUGACGUCCUGGCCUCGUGCAGCUUCGCUACGCGCACCUUCACCCUGACCCAGAACAUGACCUUUCAGACGCUGGGCUCGUACACCUGGGAUACCGGCGCCUACCAGAGCAGCAACGUUGCCUCGCCGCUGCUGACCGAGCAGUACACACUCAUCAUCUACGACGCCGAGAGCAGUGUCAGCGCCACCGCCGAGGCCGGCUAUCUGGACACCUACGAUGGCUUCACCUUUGGCAUGUACGCGCCGCAGUCCUACACGCCGCUGUCCGAGGGCUGGAUGUGUGCGACAUGCAGCGGCGCCCUGUCGGACACGGAGCGACGCGCCCUCGGCUUUGCUCUGACCAUGAGCAUCAUCACCGUCGUCAGCUUUACGUGGUUUGUGACGGGCAUGCACGUGGCUCUAUAG